UGUGGAGGUUAAAACUUAACAAAUGCAAAUUUUUAAAUAGCAACUUAUGAUUUGUAAUAUUAAGAUGGAUCGAAAUUAGAUUUAGGUCUUAUGAAUAGAAAAGCAUUGCAAAUAUAGAGUAUGUUUAAAAAACAAAUCAAUAUAAGAAUAUUAUCGAGGUUAUGCAGUAAGAAAGAAAAUAUAGAAAUAAUAAAGAAAGGCAUUAGGAUAAACAUCAGAUGAAAGUUUUAUUUAUGAAUAUAGAUCGAAUAAAAAGGAGAAUGUAAAGAAUAAGUAAAAUGCUUUAAAAUUUAAUAUUGAUGGUUAAUAACAUAUUCCAGUAUUUAAUGUAAAAGAAGUAAACAUAAGUUUAAAGUACAGUGAUAAAAUAAAAAGUGUAAGAAAUUAAGUUAAGAUGAA